UUAUCCCAUCACCAAACAACGCUCCGCGCUGCCACGGCACCAGCACAAGCUCAUCGCCCUGUCAUCCAGCCCCACACAAACUUCGAGGUCAGCCUCGCGCAGACUGACCAAGCUGACAGCUCUGAGGCUAUUGCAGUAAGAGAAGCGAGUUCAACCAAGCACGAAAUGCCGCCAAAAUGGACCACAGAGGAAGAUGAGCGGCUCCUUGCACUCGUGAAGGAUCCUAAGACCUGGGAACAGAUCGCGGAACAGAUUGGGCGAACGGCUAGAGGCUGUAAGGAGCGCUGGUACAGAAUCGCUGAACCCCGAAGCACCGAUGUCCAUGAGCAAUCCAACCAUAUGGAUUGGCCCGAGGAAGUAGCUGGGUCGGCCGGACCCUGGCGUUCGCCCAACGGUCAAGCAGGGAACACAAGAGCUCAUACCAGCCCGGGGCACCAGUUCUUGUCGGAUCAUAGCUAUUCCAGUACAUCCCGAAGAGACAUUCAUCUUCAACACUCGCAUGCUCUCCCUGCCUUCGAUUCCCUGACCUCAUCUUCAGCCGACGACUCUCACUUAGCGACAAUUGAGCUUCCGCCUCUGCUAUCGCCACGUGCAUAUGGCUAUGGCGAAUUUAGGUCCAGUAUGGGCCGCGCACGACCGAUAGAAUGCGAGACGGAACCCAUCUCACCCCCAAGAACUUUCGAAUUCGCCAAGCCGGGUAAUGAAAGACGCCAGCAGUGGUUUCCUCCCGCAUUCAGAGUGGUGAACAUUGCGCAACGGUAGGCUCUAGGGCCCUUUUCCGAGCUUGGAGGCCUUCUGGACUCGACACAAGAUCAAAGGGUCGGCUCUGAAAUCAUUGAGAUGGCUAGGUCCGUUCUCGGUUUUAUCGAGGGCGAGAGAACUGACCUUGAUGUGCCAUACAGGGCAUGCCCAGGAAUGCGUCGCAGCCCUCUUCAACAAUGGACCUUUUGGACGGUCACCUGUUCACGUAAAUAGAUAGAUGAUGAUAAUCAGCAGCCUGAUUCUCCCUCGAAGCAUGUCAGCCUCAGAGCAACCGAGUGAACAAAUGAGCAUCGUCCACAGCGCGCAUGCAUAAAGCGCCCGGAAUACAUGAUCAACAUCGAGG